AUGUCAACCACCACUCUCACCACCGAAGUCGACGUCAACUACAAGGAGACUCGCGUCUCGCUGUCGGCCGCCAGUACAACCAGUAGUGCUACGAUCGGCUGGAGUUCCAGUACACUCAAUACCCUAACCAACCCUUCCGCUUCGUCAGGCUUCUCUCCUUCUCGCGUGCUUCACAUCGAUGCGGCCGGCAUCCGAGCCUGUCGACUGCCACUCCCUCAGCGACAGACCGAGAUCGCCAUCUGCCAACCCGACGGCCAGCCGGCCUACGUUUCUACUCGCGACCGGCGCUGGUCUGGUAACAGCGUGCUUGCGCAUCCUAAGCGCGGAAACCUCAUUCGCACCGACUAUUUCUUCGGACCGGGGCGGGAUCCUGUGUUGCGCCUGCUCCAGACGACCAGCGUGCUGCCAGACGAAAUCAAAGUCUCUGGGGAAUGGACUUCGCGCACUGCGCAGUUCUUCUCUCCCGCUGGUAUCUCGUUCGAGUGGGUCUAUAAGAAGGAGAAGCGAUCGGACGGGAAGAAGGCACGCUUGAUUGUCUUGCAAACACAGGACGACAAGCAGCAGCCUACGACCCUGACUUCGACCCCGGCGCCAACGCGGGAGAUGCAGCCGAUAAAGGAGAAGUCGCUUCAGGCCGCAGUAGACGUUUCGGGGCAUCGCAUUCUCGCGCGGCUGGUGCGCGACCGGGACAGUCGCACGCCGGGGACGUCCCGGUGCGAUGCGGGGAAUGGCGGUCGGUUGGAGCUAGACAACGACGCGCUGCAGGCAGUGGAGUUAGACGAGGCAAUCGUGGUGGCGACCUGUCUGGUGAUGCUCAAGAAAGAGGUCGACCGACGGCGAAUGUUGCAGAUGAUGGUGAUUGCCGGCGCAGCAGGCGGCGGUUCGUGA